AGAACAGUUCUGGAGUUAUAAGGGUCAGGAGAAAGCGGGGGACCCGUGGCGAGAAGUGGAAUUCUUUUGGGGAGCAGAACUAGGGGAGUCCUGGGGAGCGAAGUGGAAUUCUUGGUGGGUGGGUCGAGGCUCCGGGGGAACAGGAGGAGUUCGGGACGUAAUGCGUGUGUGUAGCGGGGAGGGUGAUUCUUGGUGGGUUCCAAAAGCAGGGAGAAGUUCCAGGGGUCCGGAGAAGGCGAGGGGGAAGGGAAUUGGGGGCGGGGUAUCAGAAGUGUAUUGUGGGCUGAGGCAGGAGAAUUCUGGGGAGGGAAAUUCUAAGGAGGAGAGGAUGGGAGAAAUGGGUGGGUGGCGAUUCUGGAGUAGAUGGGGAGUUCCUUGAAGAGCAGAGGACCUAGUGCAAUUGGAGACCAGGUGUGAAAGGCGGGGGGACUGUGAGAAUCAAGGAUAACUGGAAUAGGAGAAUGAGAGAGUGCUGGGUGGGGAGAGGAUCAGAUGAGGACAUGGUUAGGGCAGAAGAUCUUAGAAAAGCAGAGGAAUCCUGUGCAAACCUAGGUUACUAAGGUUUUCAGAAAACUGAGCCAGGAGGGAACUGGGGGUUCCUAUACAUUUGGCAGAAGACUUGUCCAGGAAGGAUGGGUGAGCUGGCUGGGGGCAGUGAGAAGCAAGAGGGGGGGGUGUUUGUGGGGAGUUGUCAGGAGUUAGGUGCACAGGGCCAUUAAGUAGAGGCAGAAGGAUAUUUUAUAGCCAGUCCCGAACUGUGAGGCCACCAAGAGUGGGGUGGAGGCCCACGGAGCAGAGUCCACUUAGAUUUGCCAGGCUCAAGACAGCAUCCACACCCCAAGCCUGCUGCCACUUCCCUAGAUGCUCAGGGGCUGGGGCUGUCAAGAAUUCUGGCUCUCAUGCCCCAGGGCUCACUUUAUACACCCUAGGGACUCGAAGGCUUUUUUGGCCUUUCAGGGACCAUGCCCCCGGGGGUUGGGGAAGGGAGAGCUUGGCAAACCUUGGGCCCUGAGGAUACGGGAAGCGGGGGAGAUCUGAUGGUGCUCCUGAGAACGGCUUCGGCAGGCGUUCUGUGAGCUAAGCCCUAACUGUCCGGAAGAGUGCAAGCAGAUACCUGUUACCUGAUCAGAAGGAUUGACUCAGCUCACUGGGCUGUGGACAUCCCUGGGCCCCUCCAUCUGGGCCCCUGUGGAUAGGAGGGGCCAGGCGAGCAGGCAGCUGGGCUAUGGUUUGGUGCCUCAGUCUGGCCAUCCUCAGCCUCAUCAUCAGCCAGGGGGCUGACGGUCGAGGGAAGCCUGAGGUGGUGUCAGUGGUGGGCCGGGCCGGGGAGAGUGCGGUGCUGGGCUGUGACCUGCUGCCCCCGGCUGGCCGGCCCCCUCUGCACGUGAUCGAGUGGCUGCGCUUUGGCUUCCUGCUUCCCAUCUUCAUCCAGUUCGGCCUCUACUCUCCUCGCAUUGACCCUGAUUACGUGGGGCGGGUCCGGCUCCAGAAGGGGGCGUCUCUCCAGAUCGAGGGCCUCCGGGCUGAAGACCAGGGCUGGUACGAGUGCCGCGUCCUCUUCCUGGACCAGCACAGCCCCGAGGAGGACUCUGCCAACGGCUCCUGGGUGCAUCUCACGGUCAACUCGCCCCCUCAAUUCCUAGAGACGCCUCCCCAGGUGCUGGAAGUGCGGGAACUGGAGCCUGUGACCUUGCGUUGUGUGGCCCGAGGCAGCCCCCAGCCUCGUGUGACUUGGAAGCUCCGAGGACGGGACCUCGGCCAGGGCCAGAGUCAGGUGCAAGUGCAGAACGGGACACUGCGAAUCUGGCGAGUGGAGCGAGGCAGCUCCGGUGUCUACACCUGCCAAGCCUCCAGCACUGAGGGCAGCGCCAUCCACGCCACCCAGCUGCUGGUGCUAGGACCCCCAGUCAUCGUGGUGCCCCCCAAGAACAGCACGGUCAAUGCCUCCCAGGAUGUUUUGCUGGCCUGCCGGGCCGAGGCGUACCCUGCCAACCUCACCUACAGCUGGUUCCAGGACAGCACCAAUGUCUUCCACAUUAGCCGCCUGCAGCCCCGAGUGCGGAUCCUGGUGGAUGGCAGCUUGCAGCUGCAGGCUGCCCAGCCUGACGACGCUGGCCGCUACACGUGUGUGCCCAGCAAUGGCCUCCCGCGCUCGCCCUCGGCCUCUGCCUACCUCACUGUGCUCUACCCAGCCCAGGUGACCUCGAUGCCUCCUGAGACGCCCCUGCCCGUGGGCAUGCGGGGGGUGAUCCGGUGCCCAGUUCGAGCCAACCCCCCACUGCUCUUUGUCAGCUGGACCAAGGAUGGGCAGGCCUUGCAGCUGGACAAGUUCCCUGGCUGGUCCCAGGGCCCAGAAGGCUCCCUGAUCAUUGCUCUGGGGAACGAGGAUGCGCUGGGAGAAUACUCCUGCACCCCCUACAACAGUCUUGGCACCGCAGGGCCCUCCCCGGUGACCCGUGUGCUGCUCAAGGCUCCCCCAGCUUUUCUAGAACGGCCCAAGGAAGAGUACUUCCAGGAAGUAGGGCGGGAGCUCCUCAUCCCCUGCUCUGCCCGAGGAGACCCUUCUCCUACCAUCUCUUGGGCCAAGGUGGGCCGGGGGCUGCAGGGCCAGGCGCAGAUGGACAGCAACAGUAGCCUCAUCCUGCGACCACUGACCAAGGAGGCCCACGGGCGCUGGGAGUGCACAGCCAGCAAUGGCGUGGCCCGAGUGGCCACCUCCACAAACGUCUACGUGCUGGGCACCAGCCCCCACGUUGUCACCAAUGUGUCCGUGGUGCCUUUGCCCAAGGGUGCCAAUGUCUCCUGGGAGCCUGGCUUUGAUGGGGGCUAUCUGCAGAAGUUCAGUGUCUGGUACACCCCACUGGCAAAGCGUCCUGACCGAGCCCACCACGACUGGGUGUCCCUGGCGGUGCCUGUGGGGGCUGCCCACCUCCUAGUGCCAGGGCUACAGCCCCACACCCAGUACCAGUUCAGUGUCUUAGCUCAGAACAAGCUGGGCAGUGGGCCCUUCAGCGAGAUCGUCUUGUCUGCCCCCGAAGGGCUUCCUACCACACCAGCUGCCCCCAGCCCUCCCCCGACAGAGAUGCCACCUCCCUUGUCCCCUCCGCGGGGUCUGGUGGCAGUGAGGACACCCCGGGGGGUACUCCUGCAUUGGGAUCCCCCGGAACUGCUUCCUAAGAGACUGGAUGGCUAUGUCCUGGAGGGACGGCAAGGCUCCCAAGGCUGGGAGGUGCUGGAUCGGGCUGUGGCAGGCACGGAAAUGCAGCUGCUGGUGCCAGGACUUAUCAAGGAUGUUCUCUACGAGUUCCGCCUAGUGGCCGUCGCCGGGAACUAUGUCAGUGAUCCCAGCAACACGGCUAACGUCUCCACUUCCGGCCUAGAGGUCUACCCCUCGCGCACACAGCUGCCAGGCCUCCUGCCGCAGCCUGUGCUGGCCGGCGUGGUGGGCGGGGUCUGCUUCCUGGGCGUGGCUGUCCUCGUGAGCAUCUUGGCCGCCUGCCUCAUGAACCGGCGCAGGGCUGCGCGACGCCGCCGCAAACGCCUACGCCAAGAUCCACCUCUUAUCUUCUCUUCCACGGGGAAGUCAGCGCCACACUCUGCUCCGGGCUCGGGCAGUCCUGACAGCGUGGCGAAGCUGAAGCUCCAGGGUUCCCCAGUCCCCAGCCUGCGCCAGAGUCUGCUCUGGGGGGAGCCUGCUGGACCCCCCAGCCCCCCUCCGGAUCCUCCACCUAGCCGGGGGCCCUUACCCCUGGAGCCCAUUUGCCGGGGACCGGAUGGGCGCUUUGUGAUGGAACCAAACGUGGGGAGCCCCCAAGAAAGAUUGGGCUCUGAGCAGGCCGAGCCUUGGACCCCAGCCCGGCGCCAGGCUAGGUCCUAUGAUUGCAGCAGCAGCAGCCCCAGCGGGAUGCCACAGCCCCUCUGCAUUGCAGAUAUCAGCCCUGUGGGACCCCCUCCCGCAGCCCCACCCAGUCCCUUGCCAGGGCCAGGACCCCUGCUUCAGUACCUGAGCCUCCCCUUCUUCCGGGAGAUGAAUGUAGAUGGGGACUGGCCCCCCUUGGAGGAACCCAGGCCUAUUCCACCCACAGAUUACAUGGAUACCCGGCCCUGUGCCCCCUCAUCUCUCCUCCGCCCCCUGGACUCCCCUUCUGAGUCCCCCAGGGUUGUGCUUCCUGGGGCCAUGGUUGGGGUCGGGGCUGCCCCAGAGCCCCCAUACACAGCACUGGCUGACUGGACACUGAGGGAACGGCUGCUGCCAAGCCUUCUCCCUGCCGCCCCUCGGGGCAGCCUCACUAGCCAGAGCAGUGGGCGGGGCAGCGCCUCGUUCCUUCGGCCCCCCUCCACGGCCCCCUCUGCAGGAGGCAGCUACCUCAGCCCCGCUUCAGGAGACACCAGCAGCUGGGCCAGUGGCCCUGAGAGGUGGCCCCGAAGGGAGCAUGUGGUGACAGUCAGCAAGAGGAGGAACACAUCUGUGGAUGAGAACUAUGAAUGGGACUCAGAAUUCCCAGGGGACAUGGAACUGCUGGAGACUCUGCACCUGGGCUUGGCUGGCCCUCGAUCCAGACUUGAAGCUGAGCCAGACCUAGGUGUGGGAGCUCUCCAGGAAGGUGCAAAGACUUCAGAGGAGGGCUGCCUCCUAAACACCACCCAUGGGCCUGGCCCUGAGGCCCGCUGUGCUGCUCUUCGGGAGGAAUUCCUGGCCUUCCGCCGCCGCCGAGAUGCUGCCAGGUCCCGGCUACCAGCCUAUCGCCAGCCAAUCUCCCACCCUGAACAGGCCACUCUGCUGUGAAUGCCCCAACGUGAGGCAGGGUGAAGGCACACAGACCCUGCAGAGGAGGCCCCCAGCAAGACCUAGCUCCAGCCUGGGACACUGCCCCUGCCCCUGUGGUGCCCAGGCACACAUCCUGACCAUAGGCUUGGUGUGGGGUGUAUGUGCUGAGCCCCUGGAGCCUGGGGGACUGAAACAGGGAUCUUAGGUCUGUGUGUGUGUGUGUGUGUGUGUGUGUGUUGUUUGUGGUGUGGGUGAGGACUUUUUACAGGUGAAUAAAGUCUGAAAAAUGUU